AUGCCCGCGUUCGCGUCGGACCCGACGUCCGCGCCGUGGCGAUGGGCGGGCGCGGCCGUCGCGCUGCCGCUCUGCUCGCUCUUCGGCGAGGCGCAGUUCCGCCUCCUCCGACUCGACGUUCGCGCGCGCGCGCGCGCGACGUGCCGACGCGCGCCGACGCCGCCGAACGCGCCGUCGUCGUCGCCGCCGCCGCCGCGCUCGCCGCGCUCGCGCUCGGACCCGACGACGCCGGGGAUGGCGACGCGAAGCGCGACGCGACGCGUCAGAGGAGGAGGAGGAGGAGGAGGAGGAGAACGAGGAGGACAAGAGACGCGGUCAUCACAACUCUCGCGGUCGCGUCCGCUACCGCGCGCCAACGCGCUCUUCUCCACGCUCCUGUGCGUCGUCGCGCUCGCGUCGCCCGCGAUCCUCCCGCUCGGGCUCCUCGGAAGGAUCCUCCUCGCGCUCGGGGCGUUCCAGCACGCGUGCAAGGUGAUCGAAGCGCGGCGAGGAUACGCGCCGAGAGGGGUCGUCCACGCGGGUAUGCUGCGGGGGUAUUUCGCGUCCCCGAUCGAGCCGCUCGCGGCGCAGUGGAGCGAACGCGCGGGUACCGGCGAUGGAGGUAACGGCAAUGGAAGAGGCGUUAGGGUGGACGACGCCGCGGAGUUCAACGACCGGUCGUUUCCGUUCGACGACGCGACGCGAAGCGACGUGAGGCUCGCGUUCGCGUUUUGCGAGCGCGCGGCGGCGAAACUUCUCUUUUGCGUCGUCGUGAUUAACGCGCUCGCGACGGACGUCACGGAGGUCAGACCCCCGCCCGUGCCUCGAGAGAAGGACUUCACGCGGCCGACGGGUAUCGACCCGAUCGACACGUACCUCGCCGCGUGGUUCUUGUCGAUCUUUUUCGAAGGAGCGAUGGACCUCGUCGCGGCGUUUCAGGCGCGUUCUUUGAGUAACGCAGGUCCCAGCGCGACCCCGUUCGCGCGGCGCGCGCCGUUCCUCGAGGCCUUUCUCUCCCGGCGUCUGUUUCUCUCCGCCAAUCAGGACUUUUGGAGCAACCGGUGGAACUACCCGGCGAAGAGCGUUUUAAAACGCCUGGCGUAUGAUCCGUUACGGGACGUCACGGGCAGCGCGUCGCUCGCCGCGGCGGCGACGUACCUCGCGUCGGCGGCUCUUCACGAGUACACGACGUCUACGACGUUUUACGGGUACUACGGUCUGCGCGCGUGCCCGUUCACGCCGGGGCAGAACACGUCGUAUUUCUUUUUGCAGUUCGUCGCGACGGCGAUCGAGCGGAAAGCCGCGAGAGCGUUGCGCGGAAGGUCGUCGCCGUCGUUUAGGUUUCUCGCGUCCGAUUUCGCGCGUCUUCUCUUCGUGUCGGCGUGGCUUUCGUGCACGACGACGCUCUUCCUCGAUUCCCUGCGCGCCGGCGGGCUCUUCGAGGACAUCGAGGAGCUGACCCGCGUCCCCGCGCUGCGAGGCUUCCUCGACGUCGCGAAAGGGCUCGUCUCCGAGAUUGACCUCGAGCUGUCGAGGACGAACGCGAUGUGGCGGUGGCGCGGGCGCGGGCGCGCGCGCGCGAGGUGA